UACUAUAAUUCAGCAAAAAAAACAAAGAAUGAAUCUAGACAUAUACUAUUGGACGUGUUCAAAACUCAGAAGUACGAAGACGUACCAGGUUGUCUAGAAUCAGAACUCAGAAGUGGGAAACUGUUUUUUAUGGCUUCCUGGAAUUCAAUUCCUCUGGAAAUCACGUACCAGGUUGUGGGUUGGAUUGCUUUCGUAUCAUGGACCUUUGGUUUCUACCCACAAUUCAUCUUGAAUUUCCGUAGGAAAAGUGUGGUCGGGUUGAGCUUUGAUUUCGUGGUUCUGAAUUUGACGAAGCACACCUCGUAUCUGAUAUACAACGCUUCCCUCUACUUUAGCUCCACCAUUCAGAAGCAGUACUAUGAAAAAUACGGCUAUGAUGAGAUGAUACCUGUUGCUGCAAAUGAUGUUGCUUUCUCUACCCACGCUGUUCUUAUAACAUUAAUUGUCUUGUUCCAAAUUUUAAUCUAUGAUCGUGGAAGUCAAAAGGUUUCCAGGAUAGCUAUUGCAAUUGUCAUUGCUGUGUGGUUAUUCGCAGCUGUUUGUUUUUUCAUAGCUUUACCAAGACAUUCUUGGCUUUGGCUAAUCUCCAUUUUCAACUCAAUUCAAGUUUUUAUGACAGUCGUCAAGUAUAUUCCCCAGGCAUUUAUGAACUUCAAGCGAAAGAGCACUGCUGGAUUCAGUAUUGGCAACAUUUUACUUGAUUUUUCUGGAGGGGUAGCAAAUUAUGCACAGAUGAUUGUGCAAUCAAUAGAUCAAGGUUUUUGGAUAAACUUUUAUGGGAACAUGGGGAAGAUGCUUCUAUCUCUGGUAUCUAUAUCCUUUGACAUUAUUUUCAUGUGUCAACGCUUUGUGCUCUAUCCUAACAAAAAAGCCCAAGUUCCUCCUAAACUCAUUGAGGAAACUACAGAGCCGCUUGUUAACACUUCUGAUCAUAAGCAGUCAGAAACUGUAUAAAGCUUAGGUUAGCUUGUAAUGCAUAAGUUGUUAAGCUUCAUGGUUUCUUUUCAGAGAAGCUCAUGAAUGUGAAAUGCCGUCAAUUAUAAGCAGAAACUUGUAAUGUUACUGUAAAAUUAGUCAAGCUUCACUGUAAUUUUCAUGUACUUUUUACCUUUUGUAUAAUAGAAACUAUAAAUGUUCAACUGAA